GCGCGCGCAGCUGACGCGCUCCUGCUGUGUGAGUGACGUGUUUCCGGUGUGAAAGGUCAGAGUGUCGUGGGUCUCAUAUAGACACUGCGCGCGCUCCCACGCUGUUCCGCUGCUCAGUCGGUGAUCAGUUCCGCGUGUCGGUGUGUCAGAUGUCCUCGCGCGCACCGGAAGUGUCCCGGAGCUGCUGGAGUUGUCGGUUGCUGUCGGGAGGCGCGCUGCUCGGUUCCGCGGGGUUUGUUUACCGGAGCGCGCGCACGUCCCUGCACCGAGGAGCGCGCGCGCCUGUGGGGGCCGCACUGCAGCUCGCCUUCGCCGCAGGUUUGGCAGUGUGGGGACUUGUAGUCAUCGUCGAACCAGUGAGCAAAAACCCACAGAAAUCCACAGGACCAUGAUGAAGAGGGGAAUUAUGGGACGUGUGCAGAACAGAGAAACUGUGAAAGCUGUGUGAUGAAGUGUGAUGAUGUAAUAAAUAUAAGAAAUAAUAAAUAUUUUCAGUGUUUAAAGUGG